GUCAACGCAAGUGACUGAAUGCGUAGGGACGGGGGCACGGAACUGCUGUAGGGUCGUCGAAUUAUUGAAGAUGAAGGAUAAAGAUGUAAAUUAAAUAGCGGUUUUAGAAUUGUAGUCCUAAAUUGGCGAUAGUACAGUUAUAUGUCACGUCACGUUAAAGCGAAUGUUAUAUGAGAACUCGCGGAGGAAGUGCUUUAAUUGCAGUUAGGUAGCGAAUGUAGUUAGAGUUGGGGAGGGCUGUAGCUGCUGGGGUUUUUUUGGAGAGGGAAAACAACAUGGCUGCGGUGGAGCUCGAAUGGAUCCCAGAAACACUGUACAACACAGCUAUCUCGGCUGUGGUGGACAACUACAGCCGAUCAAGGAGGGACAUACGGUCGCUCCCAGAAAAUAUACAGUUCGAUGUCUAUUAUAAGCUUUACCAGCAGGGCCGGCUCUGCCAGCUGGGAGGAGAGUUCUGUGAGCUGGAGGUGUUUGCUAAAGUACUUCGGGCUUCAGACAAAAGACACCUCCUGCACCACUGCUUUCAAGCGCUAAUGGAUCACGGUGUGAAAGUGGCCUCCGUUCUGGCGAACUCGUUCAGCCGCCGCUGCUCCUACAUCGCAGAGUCCGAUGCCCAUGUCAAAGAGAAGGCCAUCCAGUUUGGCUUUGUGCUAGGUGGCUUCUUGUCUGAUGCAGGCUGGUACGGAGAUGCAGAGAAAGUGUUUCUGUCAUGCCUGCAGCUGUGCACACUCCACAGUGAAGUCCUCCACUGCUUCCGGGCUGUGGAAUGCUGUGUCAGGCUUCUUCAUGUCCGCAAUGGCAACUGUAAGUACCACCUGGGGGAGGAGACCUUCAAGCUUGCUCAGUCUUACAUGGACAAACUAGCCAAACAUGGCCACCAGGCCAACAAGGCAGCGUUGUACGGCGAGCUUUGUGCCUUGCUCUUCGCCAAAAGCCACUAUGAUGAGGCAUACCGGUGGUGUAUAGAAGCUAUGAAGGAAAUUACUCCAGGGCUGCCUGUCAAAGUAGUGGUGGAUGUCCUCCGGCAAGCCUCGAAGGCCUGCGUUGUGAAGAGAGAGUUUAGAAAAGCCGAGCAGCUGAUCAAACAUGCAGUGUUUUUAGCAAGAGAACAUUUUGGACACAAGCAUCCCAAAUACUCCGACACGCUGCUAGAUUAUGGAUUUUACUUAUUAAAUGUAGACAACAUAUGCCAAUCGGUUGCUAUUUACCAGACUGCACUGGACAUCCGACAGUCUGUGUUCGGAGGGAAGAACAUCCACGUUGCCACAGCCCAUGAAGACCUGGCCUACUCCUCAUAUGUGCACCAAUAUAGCUCCGGGAAAUUUGACAACGCUCUGUUCCACGCAGAACGUGCCAUAGACAUCAUAACUCACAUUCUGCCUGAGGACCAUCUGCUGCUGGCCUCCUCCAAGAGAGUCAAAGCUCUGAUUCUGGAGGAAAUCGCCAUCGACUGCCACAAUAAAGAGACAGAAGAGCGCCUUCUUCAAGAGGCUCAUGACCUGCACCUCUCCUCACUGCAGCUGGCCAAGAAGGCCUUCGGCGAGUUCAACGUCCAGACAGCCAAACACUACGGCAACUUAGGUCGACUCUACCAGUCCAUGAGGAAGUUCAAGGAGGCCGAGGAGAUGCACAUCAAAGCCAUCCAGAUCAAGGAGCAGCUUCUGGGCCACGAGGACUACGAGGUGGCUCUGUCUGUGGGUCACCUGGCCUCCCUCUACAACUACGACAUGAACCAGUAUGAAGACGCAGAGAGGCUCUACCUGCGCUCCAUCGCUAUUGGUAAGAAGCUGUUUGGAGAAGGUUACAGUGGGCUGGAGUACGACUACCGAGGCCUGAUCAAACUCUACAACUCAGUGGGAAACUACGAGAAGGUGUUUGAAUACCACAACGUACUGUCUAACUGGAACCGGCUGAGGGAUCGGCAGUUUGCUGUGGCAGAUGCCCUGGAGGACGUCAACACUACACCACAGCAGACCCAGGAGGUGGUACAAGCCUUCCUAUUGGCUCAGAGCCUGGGCCCCACCCGCCCAUGUCUUGGCUGAUUUUAUGAGGGAAGACAAAGAAGAAGACAAAAAAAAGACACAUGGCUUUAGCCUGGUGAGGACACAUACUAAGCCCAAAUGUGAUGCUUCAGUUGCACACAGUUAAAUAGUAAUGCACAGUAAAUUCAAGCAUCACUGGCGAGUCAGAUGACUUCAUAGUCACUGCAGCUGCCAGUACAUACACAGACAUACACACACAUGAAGUUGUGGAAUAAAAAAAGUAGAGAAGACACCAUUAUCAAACCUCAUCAACAUUCAUUCAAACCAUCAAGAUGCAACUCCAGACAGGAUGCAGCUUCACCCCACAGAGCAGACAGUUGCAUUUCUUCAAGAGAAAGAGGACACACGACUGAGAGGGGGGGGAAAGUAGAAGAAGAAAAGAAAACAUCCCUCAAUCAUCCUGUCAGGAUGACAAAUUCUCUCACCUCUUCUCCUGUCUCGCUCGCCUUUUUUCUUUUCAGUUUGGAAUCGGAGGAGAUUUUUUUGCUUUUUGUAUUUGAACCAGUGUAGUUCUGAAUGCCAUGAGACUCAUCCUAGAUCAAAACCAAGUUCUCCAGGGCUAUAUACAGGACAGAAUCUGGACCCCACACACAUCUGUGAAAAACUUGUUUUAACCCACAUCCAUCAUCAUCUCUUGGUGGAUCAGAGACGGAAAAUGUCAGAUAUGUUUGACACUUGUACAGUAAAAUAAUACAGCAGAUUGUAAGUCUAAGCUUCAAUUGAAGGUUUUUCUCUUUGCAAAGGAAUGAAAGUGGACCCUAAUGGUGUUUUUCCAUACACGUGUCCUGCCUUGGCUCAGUUUGACAGCACAGCAGGGAUUUGCAUCUCCAUUAUAAACACACAAGCAUACCCGCUCGAAGGUGUCUUAAACAGCUUUUCUUGAGUUGAUGAAAGCAGCGUGCUGAUCCAUGGCUGGGACUAGUGGUCAAAGGAGUGACAUUUCAUAUAAUUCCUUGGCCCGACUCGGAGUUGAUCCUUCUCAGGCGUAACUCUGCGUGUUUAAUCUAGUAAUGGAAAUGCAAAUCAGGAGCAGCUAAAAGCGCCGAUGGAAAAACACCAUAAGAACUGUUUUGAACAGCUUGUUGGAGAGAGAUUACAGUACACAGAAACAGUGGAAUGUCUUCACCCAGUGGGUAGAUUGUUACACACAGAACAGGCUUCACAGGUCUUGUUUUCAGUAUAUUUUAUUUCUUUAUUUCAAGCUUAGUACUGACGAUAAUUAAAAAUGCCAAUAAUUUAUAUGCAAAAGUAUGUUUAUGUAGCCCAUUGUGUAUGCUUUUCUUACUGAGUGAGCCAUGAAUUCUGAAGGAACAGCUCAACUCUAUUACUCUAAAACAAGGGACUUGGAUAGGAUGGAAAAGAGGAAGAUGCUAAAUGUACAGAGGCUUGUAAGCCUCUUUAUUUGUUCAUCUUAAGGUGUGGCUUCAUGUGUGAGUGUGUAUGUGUGUGUGUGUCUAUAAACACAGACAAAACUCUGGGUGCCCAAAUGCUCCACUGAUGAUUACUAGCCUUACACCAGCUUGCAGUUAUCUGUAGACGGACCCAUACUUCUAAGUGCUAAAUAAACUAUUAUACCCUUAAGGGCACUACAAUGGGGACCAAUAUUGUGUAUGUGUGUGUAUGCAUGUGUUGCCAGCCUGUUGAUUUGUGCAUCUGGCCUUUCCUCCACUCUUUCCUCUCAGCUAUUCCAUUAAUGCAAAAUUCCAGAUAUAUUUUUAACUGGACCAUAUUUUUCCAUCAGCCUCCGUCAUGCUGAGUAUUUAUGUCCAAAAUCUCAUCAGUUGUUUCACCAUAGAGCUUUAAUCAUACUGAAAUUGGAAAAUAACCCUGACCUGAUAAUAUGUUGGUUGAAAAAUCAUGAUGCUGUGAUGCUCACUUUGUUAUAACUCCUGUCAGUCUCAUGCUACAGCUGCUGGUCUACAUGCAGCAUUUUUAAAGGAUCAGAUCGCUCAAGUUACUGAAACCAUGCAUCUCUCUUACCUCUAGAGCCGUGUUUCCCACCUACAUUUGACUAUAGCCAAACCAAUAGUGAGUAAGGGUAAUACAAAUACUGACAUUUAAGAGUGUACACAAAAAACCUGUGUAUCUGCAGAUAUCCAUUUUGUUUACAUAAACACACAAUAAUAAAAAAAGAAUGUAUGUAAAUACAAAAUUGGGACCAAUAUACAGUAUGUACUUGCAGUAGGCACAGUACUUAUUACUGACAUUUCUUGUGAUUUGCUCUGUAGGGAACUAAUUGAUGAGAUUUUCUUACUGAUGGCAAAUGUGAAAAUAGUGUCCAGCUUUAAAACAAAAUUUAGGCAUUGAGUUCCGCGACAUUACCGAAAAUGUGAUGCCUUCAAUAUGUACCCCACUGUUUUCUGUUUUAAGUGAAUGAAGAAAACGAGCUUUGCCUUGCUGUUGCUUCAGUGCUGUCGGACGUCUCCCUCUCUAGCAGUGAUGUGAGUGGCUCUAGCUGAGGAGGUCCAGCCUUAGCCCCCUUAAAAGGACGCUCAGCGACACUCUCGGUGCUUCGGCUUCAACAAGCGCACCCUCCUCCACACGCCAACCCUCCCUCAAGGAGACAGAGGAAGUGUUUCCAGGACAGAGGUGGAAAUGAAUGUUACCUGCAGUCGGCAUUUCAAAGCAGUUCUAACCACAGAUAGCAGAUUAGAUUUGGAAACUUUGCAGAAACCUGUAUACCUGUAGAGUUGGGCUUGUGAUAAAUGGUAAAUACAUUUCUUCUCAUCCUACAAAGUAAAUAAUUACAAACAAUAUAAUGGAAAACUACCCUCAGAUUCUCCUACACUGUUAGAUGUCAUCAUGGUUAAUCCAUCCUAGGGUUUAUUUCGUUCUCUCCUCCAUCUACACAAAGGUUACACGUUGAUCUGUUGAAUUGCAUUAUGGUCUAUUGGGGCUACUGUUACUGGCAAGUGAUUUCUGGUCAUCUGCAGUAGAAAAAAGCCUUUUCUUGAACUUUCACGUUGUGUAGAGAAAACUCACCGUGUAAGUUCAAGAAAAGGCUUUUUUUUCCACUGAUUUUAACACAAAUCACUGUCUGUCCAAACGCCAGUUGAACAAUCAGCACCCAUGUCACAUUCUGUUUGACCAACGGGAAAAA